GCUAUAAGAGGGCGGCGGCCGUGGGGCGCCCUGCGCGGGGCCGGGAGCGCGAUGGUCAGCCGCCGAGGCGCGGCAAGAUGCUGGAUGGGCCCCUGCUGGCGCGCUGGCUGGCCGCGGCCUUCGCGCUGACGCUGCUGCUUGCCGCGCUGCGCCCCUCGGCCGCCUACUUCGGGCUGACUGGCAGCGAGCCCCUGACCAUCCUCCCGCUGACCCUGGAGCCCGAGGCUGCAGCGCAGGCACACUACAAGGCCUGCGACCGACUGAAGCUGGAGCGCAAGCAGAGGCGCAUGUGCCGCCGAGACCCAGGUGUGGCCGAGACGCUGGUGGAGGCGGUCAGCAUGAGCGCCCUGGAGUGCCAGUACCAGUUCCGGUUCGAGCGCUGGAACUGUACUCUGGAGGGUCGCUACCGGGCCAGCCUGCUCAAGCGAGGCUUCAAGGAGACUGCCUUCCUCUACGCCAUCUCGUCUGCGGGCCUGACCCAUGCGCUGGCCAAGGCGUGCAGCGCGGGCCGCAUGGAGCGCUGCACCUGCGACGAGGCCCCGGACCUGGAGAACCGGGAGGCCUGGCAGUGGGGUGGCUGCGGGGACAACCUCAAGUACAGCAGCAAGUUCGUCAAGGAGUUCCUGGGCCGGAGGUCGAGCAAGGACCUGCGAGCGCGUGUGGACUUCCACAACAACCUCGUGGGUGUGAAGGUAAUCAAAGCCGGGGUGGAGACCACGUGUAAGUGCCAUGGUGUGUCGGGCUCCUGCACCGUGAGGACAUGCUGGCGGCAGCUGGCACCCUUCCAUGAGGUGGGCAAGCGCCUGAAACACAAGUAUGAGACGGCGCUCAAGGUGGGCAGCACCACCAAUGAGGCCACUGGUGAGGCCGGUGCCAUCUCGCCACCUCGGGGCCGGGCUACAGGGACAAGCGGCAGUGACCCGUUGCCCCGCACACCAGAGCUCGUGCACCUGGAUGACUCGCCGAGCUUCUGCUUGGCCAGCCGCUUUUCCCCAGGCACUGCUGGCCGCAGGUGCCACCGGGAGAAGAACUGUGAGAGCAUCUGCUGUGGGCGUGGCCACAACACGCAGAGCCGGGUGGUGACGCGGCCGUGCCAGUGCCAGGUGCGCUGGUGCUGCUAUGUGGAGUGCAGGCAGUGUACCCAGCGUGAGGAGGUCUACACCUGUAAGAGCUGAGCCCCCCGGGUUGGGGCCCCCGGUACACCUGGCACAUGGUGACAGGAGCCUGGGGAUGGGCUGGGUGGGCUAUCUCUGCCCCUCUGUCCCCCUUCUCCAAGACUGAGGGUGGGAGGUGGCCCUGGUGUGGCCCCGCAUCCCUGUCCGCCCCCACCUCAUGACCUGAGAGCGCUAUACCAUGCUUUCUAAGCUGUGUCCGUCCCUAAGAGGCCAGUUCCUGCAGAGUGGUGCCCCUCCCUGCUCUGGGCUCCCUCUGCCGAGCGGCAGGCACAUCUUUGUGAUCACAUAGGUCCCCUGUGUGGCCGCCUGUGGGCUGUCCUGCUCCAGCACUGGCUUAGAGAGUCAAACCACUAGGAGAGAGACAGCCCAGCUGCCCGGGUGUGGGGGUCACUGCCAUCCCCUCUGACAUGGAGCGCUUCUCUCGGGAGUGAUACCGGUGACUUUUAAAUUAUUUUUAUUUAACUAAUAUAUAAUAAUUAUUUUUCCACCCCCACUCUGUCUCAGGCCUCAGCUUCCUCUACUCUGGAGGGAGCCUAGUCUGGAGGGUUCCUUCCCUCCCUCCCCCCAUGCCCCUCCUAACCUCUUUGCCUGAUCUGCUUUGUCGUUUGAAACCACUAAAAUUGAGAGGGAUGUUGCUGUUGUGUUUAAAGUAGUAAAGCAGGUUGUAUCCAGUAGCCCAAGCCAGCUGUCCCCCAGGGACCCUACUCUGGGCAACUUUGGGCAUGCAUUCCUGCACUCCAGGCUCUUCUGUGUGGGGUUGGAGGCUGCAGGGGGCUGGGCAAAAGGGAAGGGGCCAUUUCAUAGCUUGCUUCGUGUUAGUGUUACCGUGGGAGGAGGCGGAGGUAAGGACGGGUGUGGACAGUGAGAAUCUGGGGCUAGGAUUUGGCAGAGGGUGGGCUGCUCUCCUUGGCCAGGCUGUUGUAUUUGCAGGGAAGGAAAGUGGAUGGGCGACACUGACCUGGUUUGGUUUGAGUGUGUGUGCAUGUGUGUGUGUAUGCCUGCACGAGUGUGCAUGAGCACACGCGUGUGGGAAGCACGUGUGCAUGAAUGCGCCUGCAUGUUUGUGCAUGAGCACCUGCAUGUGUCUGUGUGUUGCGUAUGUGCGUGUGAGCACGUAUUAUGUGUGUACACACAUGAGAAUGUGUGAGCCUAUGUGUGUAUCUGUGUGAGUGUACAUGGGAGUACAUGGGGGCUUGUAUGAGCACACACAUAUGUGCCGUGUGCAUGUGUGAGAGCAUGUGUGGUUGUGUGUCCAUGUGCACAUGUGAUACGCAUGCGUGCAUGUGGGUGAACACGUGCCUACGUGUAUCUGUGGUGUGUGCCUGUGUUGGCACGGUCAGUGGUCAGCUGGGGCGGCCUCGCCUGCAGUCCUUCCUUAGGGUGGAGUGGCCCUUCCCCUGUUGGCAUGAACUGCAGCCCUGGCUCCCAGGUCCUCCAGCUGUGGCUGUUUGGUGGCAGGGUGCAGUGUCCCCCCACCCCCAGGGGAGUGGCUGUGUCCCCGGGGGGACACAGUGUGAGGGUGCGGUGCAGACUUGGGAACUACUGAGUGAGGGGGUUCCCUGGAGUCCCAUGGGCUCCGGGAACCCUGGGGACUGUGUUUUUAAAAGGAAACCUAUUUAUGUGGCUGUGGGGCUCCGUCCCUGGUCAUAGUGUAAAUAGUAAAGUCUAUUCUGUGGUUCAGAGAAGCUCCCCGUGAAUAUGUGCAUCCUGAGGGGGGACAUCAUGAGGGGGACCGGGGCCCAGUGCAGGUGCAGCCAGCCACGCCCAUGACAAGACUGUAGCUCAGUCACUUCUGGGUCUGCAAAGGCAGCAUGCCAGAGGAAGGAGAUCGUUUUAACCAGAUACCACAUUUAGCUCUAUGUCAUAAAUAUAAAGUAUUUUUUUAAACAAGGCAGGCUGGAAACGUCUGCUGGCUGGUGUGUUUAUGUAUAAAUAUAUAUCAGAAUAUCUUGCUAAACAAAGAAGCAACUCCUCCCGAUGGAGCCUCCCAGCUCACUUCUCUUCGGUGCAGGAGGGAUCCUCUAGAAGAAGCUGUAUUCUGGGGCCAGGCCUGGGCCCCUGGGUCAGCCUCUCUGGGAAGGGGAGCGGGCCACAGGCGGGAGCCAUGCGGAGGGCCAGGCGGGUCCCGGCCACCUGCUCCCCGCUGGCCACUCAGACGGGGUCGCACCAGGUGCGGGCAUUCACACGCGAGCUCUCAUCUCUGCACCGAGUGCGUCUCUCUCUUGCGAGCCUAGCAUUUCUCUACCUCAUCUGUACAGCGAUAGCAUGUACUCGAGUGACUUGGAGAAUGUAUUUAUUUAACGCUUUGUGUAAUGGAACAGAAACCAAAUGGACACUAAAUAAAUGUAUUUUAAAUUAUA